CAGUGUAGCAUUUUGGCUAUCUUAACUCUUGGUUACAAUGCUGAUAGGACAUAAUCGACGAUUACUGAUCGUGUACGCCUCCUUGGCUAGUUUAUGGGUCUUUUUGUUCCAGAUCUGCAGACUCUACACGUUCUCGGAUCCAUCUUCCUUCUUUUAUGACUCGGGCCGAGCCUACGAGACGCGAUACAGUGAUAUUCGCCAACGCCAAGCCAAUGAACUACUCGACAUUGCCGAACACUUCCCAGAAGAAGAGCUAGCGAAACUCCCCCUUUUCAACAACAUAGCCAAUACAAUACCACGAGACUCAGAGAAGCGUAUCUGCGUCGGCAUACCGAGCGUCACGCGAGAACGAGAGCAGUUCCUACCCAGAGCAGUGGCCUCGCUUGUCCAAGGUCUCAGUCUCGAGCAGAGACAGGCGAUACACAUCGUCGUACUACUAGCAGACGAUGAUCCAACAUCCCAUCCCGCCUUUGGGAAACGAUGGCUAGACCGCCUGGUUGAUGAAGUCCUCCUGUACGGAAACUCUUCGACAACCGAUGCUUCCGAUCGAUACCGCAGCGUCGCGUCGGAUCACAGCCAUGAGCUCUCCCGAAACGACCGAGUCCACCGCGAUUACGCUACAUUGAUGACUGCUUGUCGGGAACAAAGAGCAGAGUAUUUUGCUUUGGUAGAGGACGAUAUCAUUGCUGCGCACAACUGGCUAGGGCGACUAUCUACUGCCUUGGCCAAACUCGAACGAGACGAAGACGCAAAGAACUGGCUAUACCUGCGACUGUUCUAUUCUGAAACAUACAUGGGCUGGAACGCGGAGGAAUGGCCGACCUAUCUCGUCAAUUCGAUAUCGGUAUACUGUAUCGUCUUGGCGCUCUACCUCCUGGUAGUGGCUAUAGACACACGACGGAGAUCUCAGACCUUUCACCCAAAGUCUACCAUCUGGGCCCUGCCACAUCUGACAUUCUGGACAGCGUCCUUCAUCCUCUUAUACUUCCUCGCCGGUCGUCUCGCAGUCAAUCCGUAUCCAACUGGCGUUCAUGAGAUGCCAAAUUACGGGUGUUGCGCACAGGGCCUAGUGAUCCCUAGGCAACAUCUUGACACGCUUGGCGCCGCCCUGAACACCGCGUCCGAUGCUAUUGCUGGCGACUCACUCAUAGAAUAUUUCGCCGAUGGUCGUCACCUAAAGAAGUACGCUAUCACGCCAAGUGUACUGCAGCAUGUUGGAAGGAUGGGAUCCUCGGAUGUUGGGGGGACUCGCAAGGUUACGUGGAACUUUAGCUUUGAGAAGACCAGCGCCAGGAUAUCACGGCAGUAAUAGACUUAUGAUGAUCAUUUCAAAUUCAGUUCACUUGAGACAUCAUAUCAGUUCACCUUCAGUAGGAUCCCUCAUCAGGCUUUCCCAAAGAUCUUGCCCAUACGGAAAGACCAUCUG